ACUCUGGUUCAGUCUCUUCGGCAAUUCGGCAGGGUCCCCUGGAUUUGAGAGGAACGAAAACUUUUUUGAGGAGAAGAGCAGAAAAACUCAGGCCCAGGAUGCGGAAUUGUCUGCUGGUGCUGGUGGCGGCUGUCCUCGCCGUGGUCUCAGCUCACCGCGAACCACCGAGGGGUUCCGAAGGCUUCAUCCGGUACCGCUCCUGGAACUCCAGAAUGUAUCCGAUGUGGAAACAGGGAGACCAUCACAGCAGAAACUGCUGGACAGGCGGAGACGUGACCUUCAACAUCAUUAACGACAGCCCGACCCUGACUGGAGCCAAGGUCUCCUUCAACAUCGAGAUCCGCUUCCCAGGCAACCAGACCGUGCUGCCGGAUGGCCAGGUCGUGUGGGCUGAGAACUGCACAAUCAAUGGGACUCACUUCCGGAAAGGAGAGGCUGUGUAUCCAGACCAUAAUUCCUCGGAGGUAUGGAACGGUACCUUUCCAGAUGGGACCCCCUUUCCCAGGAACUCCAACAAGAAGCCCAGAUUCGUGUUUGUGUGGAAGACUUGGGGACGGUACUGGCAGGUAGCUGGCGGCCCCUCUUCCUCCCUCACCAUCGGCACAGGCAAUGUUCCCCUGGGCUCCUACAACAUGGAGGUGGUGAUCUUCCACUGCCGCGGCAAGGACAAGUUCAUACCCCUGGGGUACGCCUCCAGCCAGUUCUCCAUCACAGAUCAGAUCCCGUUUGCCGUGUCCCUGUCCCAGAUGAAUGAUCUGAACCAGUCCGACAGCAACUUCAUCCAGAACCGGGCCAUCGCCUUCACCGUCACCCUGCACGACCCCAGCCAGUACCUGCAGGCCGCCGACAUCUCCUUCAACUGGGACUUCGGCGAUAACAGCGGCGCCCUGAUCUCCCGCGAGCUCACGGUCACCCACACCUACCUCACACCCGGCUCCUUCCAGCCGCAGGUGGUCCUGCAGGCCACCAUCCCCAACGUGGGCUGCGGCACCACGGCGGCACCCACCUCCUCUCCACAGGGGGGCUCCACCGCCCCAGCUGACCCAUCGGCUUCUCCAGCUGCUGUGACAGUUAACUCGCCCACUGCAGUCAACAUUGAUCUGGCUGUGCCUGUCUCCCCCGGCGACGACAUCGCCCUGGCUGCAUCUGCGCAACCGGCAGAAACACCAGUGGAGGGAGAAGCAGCUGCCUCAGCUGCCCCAGCUGCCACUCCGGUCGUUUCAGCAGCUGCGCCAGCUGCACAGGACCCAACUCUUCCAGCUGCCUCGGCUGCUACAGCUGCACCAACUGCUCCAGCAAACACAGUCCUGCUCGAGGGCACAGUGGCCCUGGCUGCCUCAGUGGAGGCGGGAGCCUCUGUCACACCUGCAGCCGCAGGAGAGGCAGUCCAGACAGCGAGCCCGGAGAUGGCAGUUGCCCCGGCUGCCUCCACCACAGUGCUGGCAGAGGGGGGGACCCAGGCAGUGACUCCCACGGGGGCGGAAGACGUGGUUGUGGUGGUGGCCAAGCGCCAGGCUCCAGAGACUCCCGCCAACGGCUGCUUCAUCUACCGCUACGGUUCCUUCUCCACCAGCGUGGACGUCAUCCAGGGCAUUGAGAGCGUGAAUAUUGUGGAGGUGGCCAAUGUGGUCCUGGAGACAGAGGAGGAGCAGAACGCUGUGGACCUCACUGUCACCUGCCAGGGGAGCCUGCCCAACGAGGUCUGCAUGGUGGUGUCCGACGCGGACUGCGCCAUGCCCGUGCAGACGGUGUGCAGCGCCGUGCAGCAGCUGCCGGAGUGCCAGCUGAUCCUGCGCCAGUUCUUCAACGACACCGGCGUCUUCUGCAUCAACGUGACCUUGACCAACAACGUCAGCCUGGCCGCCACCAGCGCCCGCGUCAGCGUCACCACAGGUUCGAGCUCUUCCACUGCUGGCACGGUGGCCAUGGCGCUGGGGAUCCUAACAGUCGCCUGUGCGGUGGCGGCAGUAGCUGUGACCUACAGCAGGCGCACCAAGCAGUACCAGCCACUGAGGGAGGACCCCGCGGGCAGCUCCUCGGGCAGCUCCUCGGGCAGCCCCAGAAGGUCCUCGUUUCCCAUGCUGCUGUGGAACCUGCUGGGCCGCCAGACAGCCGGAGAGAGCAGCCCACUGCUGCAGGGCCGGGUGGUCUGAACCGGAUCGGAGCCAUAACCCCACCACCCUCUCACCCUCACACGCACACACACGUACACACUUGACAUUCAGCACCUCUGUAAGUUUAAUUUGAAAAUCUGCAGCUCUUCAGACAUCUAUUCAUGACAGGCAAUGUCUGGGAAUACUGCACCAACAAUAAGCCAAGAUUUAAAAAUACCUUAGCACAUCUGCUGUUUUGACAAAGUAAAUCGGUUACACCUUCAAACAUAAGGGACACUGGCUUUAUAUAAACCGUCCGCUGCCUGUGUGGAACUGUAAUCAUUUUCUCCGAAAAGUGAACAAUUAUUAAAUUUCUGUGGGGGUUGUUGCCUCUCGAGGGAAAGAUCAUUGUUGUGUGUUUUUUAAAUAAACAGUUCAAAGCCAUUUUCUUCUGUACGGCAUAAUAACACCUGUCCUGUUGCCAUUGUCUCUUCAGUCCGUCUCUGAGGUAAAUACUGAUGCCUUGAUCUGCAGUGCGGUUGUAAUCUUACGCGUAUGUCCUUUCUCCGGUGUUCAGUAGACAAACUAGCCGCUGCGAACUGAAGUCGUGUCCAGAAGAUGCUCUAAUAAACCUUGAUGUUACACCCCGUGGCGUUUCCCCUCAAACAGGGUUUGUAGCAGAAAAUAGAACAACGGCAGUUUAAAAACGUUAAAAUAAGAAAAACACAAAAGUGUUCAGAUUACAAAAGCAUCGAACCUGGGUGUAACGGGACAUCACCUCCGAAACUUAAGCCCAAACCUUGCCGCUCGUCCUUACAGGCUCGCCACUGGGCCACUCAUGCCUGUUAAUUACACUCACCUCGAGUUUAAGUGGCAGAGACGCUCCAGUUGCGCAUUUGAGUUUGACAAAAAGGCUGUGAAUUUAACCCUGUAAAGUAGUAAUAGCUUAUUUCGGCCGCAAGAGGGCGGGGUUCGCUGGGGAAAAAAGCAGCCACCUCACAUGACGACGGGCGCAGCACAGCAGGAGCGAGACUGGCAGAGCAUUGUGGGAAUCUGCGCGCACUGGUAUAAGAAAAAGCAAACAUGCUGGAAACGUUCACUCUGAAAUUCGUUUUUUUUUAAUUCAAGUAAUUGUUAAAGUGUCUCUAACACAUACCUUGGAAUCACAAGUUCUGCGGCUGAGCUUCGGAAACCGUAUCGGAAACGUCGUUCACACCAGCUGGUUUCUGAAUAAACGUUUAUUCCAAAUACAA